GGUUUGGAUGCAGGCAUGUUUGGGGAGAUCCUGAGUUACAUCUACUCGGGAAUCCUCCAUGUGUCCCUGGACAAAGUGCAGCCCCUGUACCAGGCAGCCGACCUCCUCCAACUGGACUAUGUGAGAGACACCUGCAGCAGCUACAUGGCCAUGAACGUGGAGUGCUCCACCUGUGUGGACCUGUACAAGUUUGCCGAUGUCUUCUCUCUGGACAUUGUCCGGAAAACUUGUCUGAAGUUGAUCCAUAGAUACUUUGUUGAGUUUUCCUUCAACGAGGAAUUCUGCAGCCUGAGUGUGAGUCAACUGACUGAGAUCAUCAGCCACGAUGAGCUGGAUGUUAAAGAGGAGACAACAGUCUGGGAGGUUGUGGUGAGGUGGGUGCAGCACAGCAGGGAGGACAGACUGCACCGCCUUCCCAGCAUCCUCUCUCACAUCCGCUUCAACCUGCUGACCUCAGAUGACACGGCAGCCAUCUUGGAACACCCCUUCGUCAGGGAGAAUCCUGGGAGCUCUGAGGUCAUCAGGAAUGUGGUACAGAAAGGAAACCCCAACCUGAAGCCGAGGCUUGGGAUGACCACGGAGAUGGCUAUUCUGUCUAAUUCAGAAUCCAAAGAGCUCCUCUUCAUGAACCCUCAGGAAGGGAAGUACAUCAGCUGCAACUACAAGCCUGAAGACCUCCCUGGUGACACAGACGUGACAGUCACCAGUGACAACAACAUCUACAUCCUGAGUCGUGAACGAGAAAGUAACGAUGAGUUGUCCUUGUUUAAGUACAGCCAUGCAGAAAACGUGUGGAAAGAUGCUGCAAUCGGGUACACCAGUCUGGGUUGCUGGGCGGACGACAUCUCAGACCGCGCCAUUCCCACACUCGAGGGGACUGACUCACGCCUAGAUGGACACUACUCGUCACGGGAAAACCCCAUCGAGAAAUGUUACCAGGUAGCACUUUCUCGUGGUUUCCCCGUGUUUGCCGUACAGAAUGGCGGCUGGUGUGCUGGUUCGGCUGAUGGGCUCAACACCUACUACAAGUACGGCGCAUCACCAGCCUGUGCAGCCGAUGGCGGAGGCGGGGAUCUUGCAAAUGAAGUCUACGGGAUCACUGAAACUCACAGUCUAACAAUCAAGACGAGCGCCGCUGCAGCAUCUGGCAGUAACGAUUCUCUAACCAUGGAAAUCUUCUCUCUUAACAAUUGGAACGACACCGUGGUAACGAUGGUGUCCGGACUUACAGCUAACGGGUAG